AUGCUGUCGCGGGGGACGGUGGGCGGGAGGACGCUGUGUGGGGCGGCACGGGCGGGGGUGCAGCCGCCUUUCCGCGGGCUCCGCGCCUCCCCGCGGGCGCGGUCUGCCAUGCCCUCCUGGGUCAUAGACAGGUACGGCCGCAACGAUGUGCUGCGCUUCACCAGGGACAUGGUGUUCCCCACCAUAGACUUCCCCAACGAGGUCAUCAUUAAGGUUCACGCCGCCAGCCUGAACCCCAUCGACCUCAGCAUGAGAAGCGGUUAUGGUGCAACUGCAUUAAAUAUGAAGCGGGAUCCCCUGAAACUCAAAAGUGCAGAAACUGAAUUUCCACUAACACUUGGACGAGAUGUCUCUGGUGUUGUUAUGGAAUGUGGACUGAGUGUGUCUUAUUUCAAACCUGGAGAUGAGGUGUGGGCAGCAAUUCCUCCAUGGAAACAGGGCACUCUGUCAGAGUUUGUGGUAGCUAAUGGAAAUGAGGUGUCUUUUAAGCCCAAGUGUCUCAGUCACGUAGAAGCUGCCUCCUUACCGUAUGUAGGUCUCACAGCCUGGUCUGCAGUGAACCAAGUUGGAGGACUGAACCGAAAUAAUUGCAGUGGGAAAAGAGUAUUAAUAUUAGGAGCUUCAGGAGGAGUUGGUACGUUUGCUGUACAGCUAGUGAAGGCCUGGGGUGCUCACGUGACAGCAGUUUGUUCUCACGAUGCCAGCAAACUGAUGAAAAAGCUUGGAGCUGAUGAUGUGAUUGAUUACAAAUCUGGAAAUCUGGAAGAGCAACUUAAAUCAUUACCCUUAUUUGAUUUCAUCCUAGAUAAUGUCGGUGGAUCCACUGAGAAGUGGGCUCUAGAUCUCCUGAAGAAAUGGUCAGGAGCAACGUAUGUUACCUUAGUGACACCUUUCCUGAUCAAUAUGGACAAACUUGGAGUGGCUGAUGGCAUGUUACAAACAGGAGUCACUGUUGGUUCCAAAACUGUAAAGCAUCUCUUUAAAGGAGUCCAUUAUCGAUGGGCAUUUUUUAUGCCAAGUGGCCCAAGUUUGGAUGAAAUAGCAGAACUAGUUGAUUCUGGAAAGAGUUUGGAGAAGAGUAACUAAAUAGUUGUACUAGGCCUGAUUGCUUCUAUUUGCCACCUCAGUGCUGCUGCUGAGAAUGGAAAUCUUCCUGAAUUGAGCCACUGCUGUUCCUCUGUUGUGACCAGUGUGCUGCUGACACAGCCAGUGGAAAGUCAGUGUUUCCUAAAAAGUCUACUCGUAAACAGAGGCUGCAGCAGUAAAUAAGCUGUGGUGAAGCAUGUUCCUUGCUACAGCUUUGCACGGCUCUGCGUUGCAUUGCCAGCCAUGCUGUAGGUGUUAUCCCAUGUCUGAGAAAGAAACCCUGGAAGAUACUCCUCAUUCUGUGACUGCAUCCAGUCAAACUACUAAAUGAUAAUUAACUGAGAAACAGAAAUGCCCUUGUCUUCGUUCUUACCAUUUGUCCUGAUUCUUAGCCAGUUAUUGUUUUGUGUUCCGCUCCUACCUUGUAUGCAAAACAAAUGCAGAAUUUGCCUAUAAAAGCUUCUUGGGAAACACCUGUUUAUGCAAUAGAGAUAGGGCUUAGUCGGUGUUCUCUGCCUGAUAAUCUGGGCAGGUGAACUGUAAUGCCAUGUAGAAUGUACGUCAUACAUAUAUGAGUGUCCUGAUGUACUUUUUGUUGUAAGAUGAUUGUGAGAACAAAGAUGUUUGCUUGGUCUUUUAUUGUCUGUCUACAAAAACAGGUCAUAAUGUCAGACUGUUUAUCUGCACGGUCAUUCUAGCAGUAUUUUACUCUAUUUUGUAAAAUGUUGUAGACACCCAUGCUAUCAUCAGUAUAAGACCCAGAUGUGUUCCAUUUAGCCAGAUGUUAAGAAUAAGACUAUGACCUUCAUUGUCUAGACGCAAGAGUUCUCUUGAAUGGACAGAUCAUCCAUUCAGAAGAGUAGGUAUUCAGAAAAAAGGCAGGAGAGAAUUGCUGGAGGAAAUGUACCAUGAUUUCCCAUAACUAAAUGAAAAGAAAUGCUUAUGUUUGAAUAGGAGUAUAAUAAAUAAGUAAUAAUAAAAAACCCGAACAAACAAAAUAAAAACAAACAAAACCACCACACCAAAACCAAACACGAACACCACAAAGCAAUAAACGUAGCAAGAAGACUUGGGGAAGCCAGCAAAGGGAGCUCAUGUAGUUGAACAUAGUUUUGAGUCAUGCAGAUUUAGUUGUUUUGAAAUUUCAAUGAAUUGUCUUUUCUGUUGCACCCAUCUUAAUUUUUAGAUUGUAUGAAGUACGAAUAGGAGAGCAACUGGAGAGCCCCUGAAAAUGAGAAGCUUUUUUUUUAGGAAAGUAUUGAUCGUGACGGGGGAAUUAAGUGAAGGAAAUUUAAAAGAGCUGAUGGUUAAAAGAGAUAAUACAGUGGGCGAUGCUUCGAAGAGCGUACCCCUGAAGCAGUUACAGAUCAUAUUGAGUUGUCAGUGUUUUUUCUUUUAGUCCUUUUGCACCAAUGCAGAUUUUUGAUUCUGAUGGGUUCAUUAUCUUCCUUUGCGAAAGCAAAAGCGUUCUCAAUCCUUUAGUGGAUGAAGAAUAAACAAAAAGGGUAUUUUGCUUAAAGAUACUUGGUUUUCACGUGGAUGAUCUUUGCAGGAAGGAAUAGAGAUUUACAAAAUGUCAGCUGGUGAGUUCUUUUAACAGCAUUUUUAAUGGGAAGAAGAAAGAGAGUAGUGCAGCUGGUGGUACAAGGAAGGAGAGUAAUUUUCCUUUUGUAAUUUACAUGCACAUCAGCUCAGUUCUGGGGAUUAUAAAACCAUUUUCUGUUUAUGAGCUGUUUUCUCUGCCUUGCAGCUGAACAUCUUGCAAAGAGACUAUUGUUGAGACUGAGGGGCUGGGAGGCUACUGCAACAGUAGUGGGCAUGGAGAAGAUCAAGUAUUUCCUUGACAGAUUUUAGAGAUACUGGCUACUUUCUGUACUGCUGGAAGGUCCCUGUUGCGGGUUGAACUUUGCCACUUAAUUACGAGCCAGCAAGGACCGGCUUAGCACGAGCUUCACCACAUCAGUUGAUGAAGCGUGUGUCCAAAACUGGGGAUCUCUUUCCAUGGCAGAACAUUCCUGGUGAAUGAUCAUCUAAAGACAAGUGAGAUCAACAGCACUGUUAGUUCAGGACACAGAUCUGCUGGCACGUUGUUUGCUGAGGCAUCGGCACUGGGCUCUGCUGCCAGCAUCACUGCUCAAAGGCUUGUUAGAAAUCAGCUGGAUGUAUCUGUGGUCUGUGUUGUGGGUUUACCAUUCACAGUCUUGGGUUUUGCUACUUGCUUAACUUUUUCCUCCUUUCUAAGGAUGUGCCACUUAGUCCUUGGUGAAAAUGUACCAAACUCGUAUAACUACGUAAGUUUGUAGAAAGCCUCUAACUUAUAAUUGAGUGUUUACUUUGCCUUUUAUAAAGCGUGGUGGAAGAAGGUGGGCUCAAAAGACUCUUUAAUGUAGUAAGGGGAAGCACUAAGAAUGUUGUAUAUUGCUGCUGGACCAUGAUGGGAUGUGGGUCAACCUGCAACCCUACAGAAAUUAGAAAUUCUCAUUUUAAUUCAGUGCCAUUUAAAUGCAGUGCAGGUGUGUGAGUGUGCAGUAUUUCUGGUGGCCUAAUACUCUUUCCUUCAGAGCAGAGCUGCAUCAGAUGGGCUUGAAAAUUGGUUUUGCAGAAGAAAGGGUAAAGGACAAGUAGAGUCUCUGAUCCUGACAUGAAUAGGUCAUUCUCUGUGUUGUUUGCUUUCUAGAUAAAUGUUACAGCACAGGCACACAUAAGAUAAAAGCAAUUGCAUGCUUUUAUUAAUGUAAUUUGUGGGUAGUGUUGAUUAUACAUUUUGCUGAAGGCACUAGAUGCUUUGGCCUUAGCACCUGCUGUUGUGGUUUGGAGGACAGGAUGAUGACUGUUCUCUGGCCUGGCCGCUGUGUUCCUGUGUGAUGCUGUACAAAUCACAUAACCUUUUGUGACCAUAAUUUCUUUAUCUACUAAUGAGGGCUAAUGCCCUUUAUCCACUCUUGGUGAUUUGCUCUUAGAUACCCUGUUAAAAUGUGGAAUUCAAUUGUUUUCUAUUGCUGGUCUUGGUUAUUCAGAAAAUAAACACACAUGGGUACGGUAA